CAGUUGGCACGUCAGCACUGAUUUGUGUUAUGUGACAAAUAGACAGCUUUUAUGAAAUCGGUUGCGAUCUUCUAAAUUUGAGUGCUUGAGUUGAAUGACUUAUGAAAGUAAUUGUCUGAAUUUCACGAAAGUGUACUGGACAGUGAAGUGAACUGAAAUGUUUGUAAUGUUUAAACUGUGCAUGGACUAACAAUAAUUGAUUAAAACGGUAUUAAAAUGGCAGCAUCGCACAUAUUAAGUGCAGUAGAGCCUACAGUGGGCGGCGGAGGAUCGCGCGGCGGUCGCGAACGAGAGGUCAACGUUGCCCUCGACGACCGCGAGCUGUGGGUCCGUUUUCAGACACUUACCAACGAAAUGAUAGUCACUAAGAACGGAAGACGGAUGUUCCCAGUUGUAAAAGUUACUGCCAGUGGGCUGGACCCGACGGCGAUGUAUACUGUUCUUCUCGAAUUUGUGCAAGUCGACACACACCGUUGGAAAUACGUUAACGGCGAAUGGGUCCCUGGAGGCAAAGCAGAGGUACCGCCAUCCAACGCUAUCUACAUACAUCCAGAAAGCCCUAAUUUUGGAGCCCAUUGGAUGAAAGAACCCAUAUCUUUUGCCAAAGUGAAGCUAACAAACAAAACUAAUGGAAAUGGACAGAUAAUGUUGAACUCUCUUCACAAAUACGAGCCUAGAGUUCACUUAGUGAAAGUAGGCACCGAUCUCCGUCGCAUUAUGACCUAUCCGUUUCCUGAGACACAGUUCAUAGCAGUAACCGCGUACCAAAACGAAGAAGUAACGUCACUCAAAAUCAAGUACAAUCCAUUCGCUAAGGCUUUUUUGGAUGCGAAGGAGAGACCAGAGGGAUACUAUCAGAGAGAUUUUGUUGGAAGCCACUACCCACAGCAGAGCUCAUCUCCUCAUCAGUAUCCACAGUUUGGCGGUUGGUUCGUUACGUCUCAGUCACUAUAUGGUAGCAGCAAUUCUUCGUCAAGAAGGCCAGCGCCGUACCCACCGCGGCCGCCUUCAAGACCUCGGACCUUGUCGCCACCGGCAACGUACAGCAAUGCAGAGCGGUCAUCGGUUGCGGCAGCCAACAGCAGUGGUAGUUACACCUGGGCGGCAAGCAGCGGGUACUGGACAUCGACGCAAGGGAGCAGCUCACCUCAGCCGAACGCGUCCCCAGCUCCGUACCGCACGCCGCCGCACGCGUACCCCGCGCCCAUCGAGUACGCGCCCACGCCGCCCACGAGCUCCUCCGCACCCGCUGCAGCACCAGCGCCGCUCUACCCCCUGCAGUACGAAGCGCCCACACAACACCAUUCACCUUACUAUCAACAUGCUUACGCGCCGUAUGCUCACCACGCAAUCGAAGAUAUUUCCUACUGGUCAAAUGGUUUAAACAGUUACGGUUACCAGCCAUCUGAAUAUGUGGGAACAGGCGAUGUGGCAUACAGCACUGAGGGCAUGCCAUUCGGUUCCAACGGCCCUCCGCUUGAAGGAGCUUCAGCUAGUCAAGACGAUCGCACUACUCCAUCUGGAUCUGAACACCAAUCUGGAGAAAGAGAAUAUAAGUUCAGCACCGAAGAAGAACGCCAUUCUCCAUGCGAAGAGACAAAUCAUCCUCCGCGGUCACCAACCCAGUGACCAAAAUGAUUAAUAAAAUGUUUAGAAAAAUUUUCUCGGUCACAUACCUACUAAAAAUAGUGUAGAAAUGAAAAAGAAAUAAUUUUGUGUAUGCAUUUUAAUAUUGCGGACGCUAAGUAAUUAAGUACUUAGGUAUUAAUAGACAAUACAUAAAUACAAUAACAUCCAGUAAAAUA